AUGUCGGUGUUCGCUAUCCGGAAUACUCUCCUACAAAAUGGCUCCUCGAGCCUCCAGGACGAGCGUCUUAGCUCGUUUGGGCCAGUGACCUCACUCGGGUUCGAUUUCACCCCUCUUUUCGAAGACACGAUCUUCGGGCUACUACCAUCAGCCCUUCUCCUACUAUGCCUACCUUACAGGAUCUUCAGUCUCCACUCUCGAAGACCCAAGGUCAAUGCCGGGGGCUUCUUGAAAGAAAGCAAACUGCUUUUUCUAUCUGUUCUCGCGGCAGUGAAUCUGGCCUUACUUAUUCUGAACGUCUUCAACUCAUCGCUACGGACAGUCACCACGAUUCCCGCAUCCGCUUUGGCUUUUGCCGCUAGCCUGGGGCUUUGCAUUCUGUCUGAGUUUGAGCAUUCCCGGUCUCUAAGGCCUUCGCCUAUCAUCAACAUCUACAUUCUCCUAACAUUUGUUUUUGAUAUUGCGCGAACUCGCACACUCUUCAUGGAUCGAGCUAGCAUGCCCGUGGCCGGGUGUUUUGCCGCGAUGAUGGGCGUCAAGGCUCUAGUCCUAGUGGCUGAGGCGAUUGAGAAGCGAAACAUUCUAUUAGAUCCAUGGCGUGGACUGUCCCCGGAAGAAACCAGCGGUAUCUACAGCAGGUCAGUUUUCUUCUGGCUCAACAAACUCAUGACCUCCGGAUUUCAGGGCGUUCUUCGCAAUGAAGAUCUCUACCCGAUUGAUCGCGAUAUGACUGCGGAAGUUCUGCGGGACAAAAUGAAAUAUGCCUGGGACAGGGCCACCAAAGGAAAACGUAGAGCAUUGCUUUAUGCUCUUUUACGCGCGAAUACCAAAGCCCUGGUCUACUGUAUCGUGCCACGCCUGGUACAGAUUGGGUUUCGCUACGUACAGCCAUCCCUACUGACCCGCGUGAUUUCAUUCGCGAGUGAUGAGUCUCAGCCGGACAGUAUUGGAUGGGGUCUGACAGGAGCCUUUUUUUUGGUUCUUCUUGGGGUAGCUGUUUCUAAUGGAUUUUUCUACCACAUGAAUUACCGCUUCCUGACACGAGCCAGAGGUAAUUUAAUCAGCAUCAUCUAUACCAAGACUGUCGAUCUUAGCAUCGCUGCUGUCGAUGAAUCGGUGGCGGUGACUCUCAUGUCCAGCGAUGUGCAAUCCGUCUGCGAUGGACUGCAACUUCUGCAGAGUCUCUGGGCUGUCCCUCUUGAGAUGGCCAUAGCCACUUGGCUUCUCUUUCGCCAGCUUGACAUCGCUUUUGUUGCGCCGCUUGCCCUGUCAGCUAUCUCAACGAUGGCCAUUAUUUGUCUCGCGAGAUACAUGGGAUAUGCUCAGAAGAUCUGGAUGGAGAAAAUUCAGACACGAGUCUCCGUGACAAGCUCCAUGCUUGGGUCGAUGAAGUCUGUCAAGAUGCUGGGGUUGUCCGAUUGGCUUGCUGGGAUUGUCCAAAAUCUUCGAAUCACUGAACUGAACGAGGCAAAAUUGUUCCGGAGGCUCCUCGUCGCGAGAGUGUUCUUUUCAAACAUUAUCUAUGUUUUUGGGGCCUUUGUCACUCUUGCUAUAUAUGUUGCCCUUCCGGGAAGCAAAGAACGUCCGUUAACUUCUGAAUCAGCAUACACAGCCCUCACGCUUGUCUCUUUGAUUUCAGCACCUGUCAAUGAAUUUAUCCGGGCAAUUCCCUCCAUGAAUACGGCCAUCGCGUCUCUGCAACGGAUCCAAGACUUUCUUGAGUCAGAGGCACGGCGAGAUCAUCGAAUAACCCUCCCUGGAUCCCAUAGCUCAUCAGCCCCCACAGAGGAUAGCGAUGGGAUCGAACUUGUCGAACAAACCCAGGCCCCAAAAAGCGAGUCCUCGGCAGUGCUUGUUGCACGAGAUGCCAGCUUCUCCUGGGACCCAGCAUCGAGUUUAUCGGUUCAUGAUGUCAAUAUCAGCAUCGGAAGAGGUCAAAUAUGCAUCGUCAUCGGCCCAACAGGGUGCGGCAAAAGCACUCUUUUCAAAGGAAUUCUAGGAGAAACCCCAUCGACAAAAGGCUUCCUCUAUUCUAAUUGUGCAGAAGCAGCCUAUGUGGACCAGACCCCGUGGGUCCGCAAUACCACGCUUCGAGAAAAUAUCCUUGGCGUUUCCGUUUACGACGAAUCUUGGUAUGAGGAGGUGGUGAGAGCUUGUGCUUUGGAUCAAGACCUUCCUAUGCUACCAAAUGGCGAUCACACCCAAGUUGGGUCCGCAGGAAUUUCACUUUCUGGUGGCCAGAAGCAGCGACUGGCCCUUGCUCGAGCAGUCUACUCCCGUAAAGAGCUUAUUCUGCUAGAUGAUGUCUUCUCCGGCCUUGAUGCUGGAACAGAGGAGCGCAUAUUCGCCCGGCUAUUCUCCAAUAACGGAAUUUUUCGACGGUUAGGAACCACUGUGCUGCUUGCCACACAUGCAGUACACAGGCUCUCUUACGCCGACCAAGUCAUUGUCAUGAGCAAUAAAGGCCUUAUCGCUGAGCAAGGCACUUUGGCUGAGCUUGAGAAGAGUGGCGGAUAUGUCUCUUUGUUGAGGGCCCAGUACCGUGAAACCCAGAGCGACGAUGAAGAAAAUACACGAGUCGAUAAAUCUACAGUGGCACUGGCUGCGUCGGAACAAGCUACGGGUCGAGACACCAUGGAAGAAGAGUUGAAGCGAGGAAAUGGAGACAUAUCUCUCUACACCUACUACUUCAAGUCUGUCCACUGGGCGUCUUCGGCUACCUUUCUCACCGCUUGGGUGAUUAGUGGCGUAUUAACGCAAUUCGAUGGUAUGUUGGUCAAUCUGUGGACCAGCGCUUUGGAAAAGCACGGCAAUAGUGUCAAUGGCCUUUAUUUGGGACUUUACGCCCUAGUGGCGGUAGUGAACACAAUUUGUCUAGUUGGUGGCGCCUAUCAUUUCAUACUGUUCUUCGCUCCGAGAAGUGCGCUGGUCUUACACGAACGUCUUCUGAAGACAGUCAUGAACGCUCCCCUUGCCUUCUUUACUUCGGUGGAUACAGGAACAACUACAAAUCGCUUCAGUCAAGAUAUGAUGCUACUUGAUCAUGAUCUUCCAUAUGCGUUGGUUGAUUUUGUGCUAUCUUUCUUCCAAGGCGUCAUGUCAGCGGUUUUGAUGUGUGUCUCAGCCCGCUACUUUGCCGCCGUCAUGCCGGUCCUCUUCCUAUUCAUGUGGGUAUUGCAAAAGUUCUAUCUACGCACGUCCCGUCAAAUGAGACUCCUCGACCUGGAAGCCAAGUCGCCGCUAUUUUCUCAGUUCAUCGAAACUUUGUCCGGGCUGGUGACAAUUCGUUCCUUUGGGUGGGCGGCAGCCUUCGAGAAGCAAAAUCUUACAUUGCUCGAUGCGUCACAGAAGCCGUUCUACUUGCUUUUCUGCAUCCAGCGGUGGCUAGAAUUGGCACUGGACAUGACAGUCGCGGUCCUAGGCGCCAUUCUUAUGGCACUUGUUGUGAAGCUGCGCACAGAGGUUGGAGCUGGAUACGUCGGUCUGGCCAUCCUCAACGUCAUCACCUUCAGUCAGACUCUUUCCAUGAUCCUUCGUAUGUGGGCCUCCUUAGAGACAUACAUCGGCUCGGUGGCUCGAGUCCGUGACUUUGUCUCAAAUACCGAGAAUGAAAACAAGCUCGGCGAAGACGCUCUCCUUCCGACAAUCGACCUCUCAUCCUGGCCAGAGAAAGGCGCGAUCGAAUUCCGCAACGUCUUCGCAUCGUACAAUACCGGCGCCGACAAGAAAUUUGUCCUUUCAAACCUCAACUUCGCCAUCGAAGCCGGCCAAAAGAUUGGUAUCUGCGGCCGCAGCGGCAGCGGGAAGAGCUCGCUGUUAGCUUCUCUGUUCCGGAUGGUUGAAGUCGAGCCAAGCAGCCAAAUCCUGAUUGAUGGCGUUGAUAUCACCCGGAUUCCGCGCAACACAACCCGCCAGGCUCUAAACGCCAUCCCCCAGGAGCCAUUCUCAACACACGGGUCUAUCAGAUCAAACAUGGACCCCAGGGGAGUACACACCUCGGAUGUCAUUGAGGAUGCGCUGCGACGAGUCGAGCUUUUGGAUCUCGUCCAGGCCAAAGGGGGGAUCAGCGUUGCUAUGGAUUUCAAUUUCUUUUCGCAUGGACAGCGUCAGCUCUUUUCUUUAGCGCGCGCAUUGCUUCAUGGGAGCAAGGUUGUUAUCCUCGACGAAGCGACUAGUAACGUGGACGUUGUCUCGGAUGCGCUGAUGCAGCGUGUCAUCCGAGAGCAGUUCUCGGAUUGCACCAUCAUUGCCGUAGCGCAUAGACUCGGGACGAUCAUUGAUUUUGACAAAAUUGCGAUGGGGGGGUUGGCGGAGUUUGAUACGCCGCAGGCGCUUCUUGGGAGGAAUAGUCUUUUCAAAGAGCUCUACGAGUCGUGA